GGGGCGGGGCGGACCGCGCGCGGAACGGGAGGCGAAGGCGGCUCCGCGUGCGGCGCCGCGGGUCCUGCUUCGGCACAGGAGUGAGGUUCGCCAGACUGCUCUAAGAUGUCUUACAGAAAGGAGCUAGAGAAAUACCGGGACCUGGAUGAAGACAAGAUCCUCGGAGCCCUGACGGAGGAAGAGCUCAGGAAGUUGGAGAACGAACUGGAAGAGCUGGACCCUGAUAAUGCGCUGCUGCCAGCAGGGCUCCGACAGAGAGAUCAGACGCAAAAGCCGCCAACCGGCCCGUUCAAAAGGGAAGAACUCAUGGCCCACUUAGAGCAGCAGGCGAAAGACAUUAAAGACAGAGAGGACUUGGUGCCUUUCACUGGUGAAAAGAGAGGAAAAGCUUGGAUCCCCAAGCAGAAGCCAAUGGAUCCCGUUCUGGAAAGUGUGACCCUGGAGCCAGAGCUGGAGGAAGCCCUUGCUAAUGCCUCUGAUGCGGAGCUCUGUGACAUUGCUGCCAUCCUUGGCAUGCACACCUUGAUGAGUAACCAGCAGUACUACGAGGCACUGGGUAGCAGCACCAUCGUGAACAAAGAAGGACUUAACAGCGUGAUUAAGCCCACAAAGUACAAACCAGUUCCUGAUGAGGAGCCUAACUCAACGGACGUGGAAGAAACUCUGAAACGAAUACAGAACAACGACCCUGAUCUUGAGGAGGUCAACCUUAACAAUAUUAUGAAUAUUCCUGUACCAACUUUAAAAGCCUGUGCUGAAGCACUGAAGACUAACACCUAUGUGAAGAAGUUCAGCAUAGUUGGAACGAGGAGCAAUGAUCCCGUUGCUUUUGCACUGGCAGAAAUGCUGAAGGUCAAUAACACACUGAAGAGCCUGAAUGUGGAGUCAAACUUUAUCUCUGGGUCUGGCAUCCUGGCUCUUGUUGAAGCACUCCAGAGUAACACAUCCCUCAUAGAGCUCCGAAUCGACAACCAGAGCCAGCCUUUGGGCAACAACGUAGAAAUGGAAAUUGCAAACAUGCUGGAAAAAAACACCACCCUGCUGAAGUUUGGGUACCAUUUCACUCAGCAAGGUCCCCGGCUCCGCGCAUCCAAUGCCAUGAUGAAUAACAAUGACCUAGUGAGGAAGAGAAGACUUGCGGAGUUGAACGGGCCUAUUUUUCCCAAGUGCAGAACUGGAGUGUAGCUCCCAGCCACGGAGGUCAUUCCCAGCGGGUCUGUGUUACUGUGACAACCUAAAGGCGAGAAAGUGCCUUGACAAGAGUUAUUUGUGGUGCCUCGGUUCUGUUUCAUGCACUAACAGUUUAAAGUAACUAGUGGCUGUAGUUGAAGAUUUUUACCCAGUAGCACUGUUGAUGUUUUCUGUAGAGCUGGAAACUAUUCAAGCCAGUAACCUGCCAAUGUUGUGCAACCUCAGCUGAGCGUACAUCCCGGAGUAAAAGUAACUACGUGAACCUGGGACCUCAUUUUUCUAUAAACUUUCUGCACAGUGUUUCAUAGAGGUAGGAUGUGGUAUGCCUGAGUGAGAGAUACAACCGUUCCACACAAAU